AUGGCAGACACUCUCGAGUCUGGGAGCGAGGGCGCCGGAGAGGCUGGCGAGGCAACAACACCUCAUGGGAUUGUGAAAUGUCUGAAACUACCACUGCCUGACAACAUUUUAGCUUAUCUAGAAAAAAGGGAAUUAGUAAGGGAUGAUCAGAUUAAGCCUUGUAAUAGUUUGGCAGAAAAAGUUACUUCUAAUUAUAUAAUAGCCAAAGAAAUUAUUAGCAACUUGUGCUGGCAGGAGAAGAUGCUAGCUAAGCUUGUGUGCAGCACAUGGCUUUCUGCUGUACACACAUUGGAGCGGGAGCAACUCAGUCCGGCAGACUUUGUUAUGGACUUGCAUUCUUGCUGCUCGUCUAGAGUGGGGAUAGAGUACAAGAAGUCUGCCAACUUUGCUACGGAGCCCUUGGCUGUACUAACCUUUGCGAACACAGCCGGUUUCAACAUAACAUGCAAAUGUAAAGUCAUUUGCCCCAUUCCUUGUAUGCCCCCCUGUGAAAAGGAACAUUGCUUGCUGGAUCUGGUGCAGAGAUAUGUCAGUGCUCCAAAAGAUUGUAUGCUGACUGUGCGAGCUCAGUACCUCUCAUACAUGCCACUUCCACAGUCUGUAACUUAUGAACAUGCAAUCACUCGCCACAUGUUUGUCCGCUCAAAUCCAUUCAUCGGAGGAGUUUACAUCCCAAAGCUACCUGAUGUAGAAUUCCAUGUAAUAAACAUUAAAUCUAAAGGAGAUAUAAAAUCUGAUUUCUAUAGAGAAAUAGAUAGAAUCUCAGAAACUAGAAUCUUCAAGGGAGUCAUUGUUUAUGUAACUGAGAAAUAUCUUUUGCAUUCAGUGCAGGAUAUAGUUUUCUUAAAUUAUAUAAAGGAAGUGCAACCUGAUGUUCCAUAUGCUUUGGGAGGAUGCAUAGUGGAGGACACAAUGUUUGAACAGAGUGAUCUAAACCACAUUGUAGACCAAGUGAAUGAGGGCAAAGACUUCAUCACAGAGAAUCUCAUCUCCAUCGGGCUGUUUACAGCACCUAAGGGUGAGGAUAAUAAGGAGAAGGCUGACAGGUACAACUUUGAAGUGUACUCGCUAAUCAUUGAUACCUCGGACUGGGCCAAGUCAAGAAUAAGCAGUGCAAUCACUGAGUUCGCAGGACAAGUGCCAAGGUUCGAACACAGCGUGGCAAUCAAACUCUCCUGCCUCGGACGCGACCAAAAGCACGAAGUCGAGCAGGACUACUUCCGAGCGUCGUUCCCACAAACUCGCAUCGCCGGGUGCUACGGGAACGGCGAGCUCGGCAUCAACCACCCGCCGCGCCAGCCCGAGAAACAGAACCCUGCCAAACGCGUCCGCCAAGAUACGGGCCCACACUUUGGAAUUAUGUACUCGUAUUCCACAGUCUUCAUGUACAUUGGGUGGGGUAAGAGCUCAGCGCCUGUGGAACCGUCGGCAAGCCUGCAAAAAACACGCAGCAAGACCCAAGCGCGAUUUAGAACGAAUUAGCACGGAUCUGAACUACUUAGAAGUUUACUCAAAAGCUUUCAAUGUGAUUACACUUUUCCAUGUCAUAUUUUCUUUAAGGUGGGUAGUUUUUAAUUGUAAAAGGUGAAUAGUUGAAAUGAGUAAAUAUGCUAAGUACAUAAAGAACAAAGUGCUUGGCAUUACCAGCUGAACAGGGCUAUGUUUUCUAAAUACUGAUGGAUUUCUGCUUUUCAGCCUAUAAUUUUGCACCUAGAAGAAAUUGUUAAUAUUUCCAUAUUCUAUGUAUCUAGUAUAAAGCCAUCCCAUCCCAUGACUAAGUACCUUUAGAGUAUAAACAAGAAUUCAGUGUAAUAACUUAUACAUGUAUACUUUAGAACUAAAAUACCACAUUGACUAUGCAUUUACGCAUCAAUCAUUUAGGUAUAGGAAUAUUAAGGAUUUUCUUAUAGUUUACUGUAACUGUUUUAUUCCAGGAGAAUGUCUGAUGAUGAAGAUUUUGAUUUAAUUUGCAAUCCUCGGGUACUGUUGCGAAAUCAUCAAUAAGGUAAUCAAUUGAAGUAGAAUAUCAUUGUUGAAUAUUGAAUCGAUUAUCGAAAUUCUUACUCUAUCGAAAAUUUUCUCUAUCGCUCUAAUAAUGCGACAGUGAUAGAGAUGGCAAAAGUUUAAUUUACAGUACACAUGGUCCUAUUUUCCUGCACUAGUGCGUAAAAUAGCACUUUUCGUGCGUAUGACAAAAGUUUAAAGGGCCAUAUGUACUGUAAAACGUUGUACGAUACACGUUCCUCUUCGAUGUUCGCGGUGGCCCCCACUUUUCACACACGCUUCUGGAAUAAAAUUGAUAAUUGAAAUGAGUGUCUCAUAGAGUUACCCUUUAUGACUUGGUACAAAAUAAAAAUGAGACCGAAUGGUGUCCGAUACAGGUGUAAUAUUAUUUAUGUUUAUAGCUUUAGUUAUGGUAAGGCCUUAGGUAGAUAUUGUCGGUGACAGUGAAACUUGCUGCCAUUCUUAAUUCAAUCAAAGUAACUACACCUAGUCAGACCGUCAAAAGUCUGCAGCGAUUUUGAUAGCCCACGCAGUGCAAGUGUAAUUUUAAACGUCUAUGAAAUUAUGACGUAUACAUAACACACUGCGUGGGCUAUCAAAUCCGCUGCAGAUUUUGUUUGGUGCGACUUAUAUCAAAAUAUAAUCGGACUAAUUUUAUUUAGCACAGCUUACACGUUACACUCUUGACCGACGAUGAAUAGAAAUGACAUUUAACUACUUAGUGGAAGGUGUAUGCAUUAUGUAAAGAAAUAAAUGAAAUCAAGUAAAUAAAU